GAGCCGAGCUCCAUUUCCAUCAUGUCAUCCCCUGGAAAUUUCCACCGAGCUCUUCUCUGUAAUGUUGUCGCGUACGUUCGUUCGUAUCGUUUUACAUUGUUAUCCGCCGAAAGCGCGUUAAUGCUUGCCAGCUGCUUUGCAAAUAUGCUAGCGUUCCAACGUCCCUUAUGCUAGCUUAGCGGCUCCGGGAGGGGAGCUACCCUACAACAACCGAUGAUAGACGUCAUCAGCAUUUUCCUGUAUUUAAAUGGCUUCAUGUGAGGAGGUCAUUGCUCAUACAGCAGGAUUUCUCGGAUUAAAAAAAAAGACGGUGAAAGCCAAAAGCAACUGAAUAUAUACUGUGUGUCCUAAAUGGGGGAUUACGGGUUUGGUGUUCUGGUGAAGAACAGCGGUGGUAACAAAUCUGCUCUCCCUGUAAGGAUCCCUCCUCACCUCCAACCCCAACCCCAGCACCCUCACCACCCUUCUAACCCCCCGAGCCCCCCCUCCUUUGUAAACAACACUUGCUCCACCAAUGGGGGCAGUGCUUGGCUGUUCCCCACAGUAGCCCAACACAGUAACAUGCAAGAUGAGAUUCUGAACUCAGACAAGUCCAAGGCUUUAGACCUCCAGGAAAUGCAGGAAAAGUCUCAGGUCCAGGCCCUGCCUCAGUCCCUUUCUUCAGCCCAGCAGGAGGCUGGCGCUUCCUUAGAACUGGAGGGAGCUCUGCCUGAAGACAACUUGGUGGAGAAAAGUUCUUUGGAGAGCAGUGGUGGGAAGGAGAAGCUAAGGAUAGAGUCUCCAGUGCUGAGUGGGUUUGACUAUCAGGACACACUAGGAAUGGGUACAGGGUGCACACAGUCACCCCCAUCCUCACUGACGAGCUUCAACAACUGGUCCCCUGCUGUUCCGUCUACCCAGUCUCCUGUGGUAGGUGAUGACGUUGGAGGUUUCUUCGGUCCUGCUGGCUCCAAUGGCAAUGCCCCUCCCCUGCUGUUCCAGAGCUUCUCCCACCAUGCCGGGCCUGGAUUUGGUGCAGGUGGCAAUUUCUCCCCGCAGAUUGGGCCGGUGUCCCAGCACCAUCCACCCACACCUCACCCCCAGCCCUAUCACCCUCAUGGCCAGGGCGUUCCGCCACAACACCGGCGUUCCCCGGCAAGCCCUCAACCCCCUCAGCCCUCCUUCCCUCCCCACGCUCAUCGGACUGGAGGCUUCCCCCAGCUGCCCCACCUAACUCCUGCCCAGAGCAAACACCCUUCACCCUGGGGAAGCUACCAGAGCCCCUCCACACCCACAUCAACCACCUGGAGCCCUGCCGGCUAUGGAGGCUGGGGGGGCACACAUGGGGUUCGAGAAUACCGACGUGGGGUAGGUGGAGGAAUGACUGGCCUUAACUCAAUUUCUCCACUGAAGAAGUCCUUCCCCAAUAGUCAGGUUGCUUCUCAGAAGUUUCCCCGAAAUAGCUCUGGCUUCCCUCACAAGGGCUGGGUGGAUGAUGCAGUCAGCCGCAGUGAUAGUGUUUACCCUUUCCAGCAGGAGAGAACCCGCUCUUUUGAUGGUUUUAACAUGCAUUCUCUGGAGAACUCCCUGAUCGACAUUAUGAGGGCUGAGCAGGAUUCCUUGAAAGGACGCUUCAGCUUCUCUCACCAGGGCGGAGACGGACCUCUGCCUAUGAAUGCGAGAAGCUAUGGCAGAAGACGAGGUCAUUCCUCUCUCUUCCCCAUGGAAGAUGAGCGCUCUUUCGGGGAGGAUGAGACCAGUGAACAAGGACUCGGAGGACUCGGCUCAGCGCACUGUUUCCCCCACCUCAAUGGAGAGCGCAUAGAGCGCUACUCUCGCAAAGUGUUUGUGGGAGGGCUGCCCCCAGACAUAGACGAAGAUGAAAUUACUGCCAGUUUUCGUCGAUUUGGUCACUUGUUUGUUGACUGGCCUCACAAGGCAGAGAGCAAGUCCUAUUUCCCCCCUAAAGGAUACGCCUUCCUGCUUUUUCAAGAUGAAAGCUCUGUUCAGGCUUUGAUUGAUGCUUGCAUUCAAGAGGAUGGCAAACUGUACCUGUGUGUCUCCAGCCCAACUAUCAAAGACAAACCUGUCCAAAUCAGACCUUGGAACCUCAAUGAUAGUGACUUUGUAAUGGAUGGCUCCCAGCCUUUGGAUCCAAGAAAGACCAUUUUUGUUGGAGGUGUUCCUCGUCCCCUACGUGCAGUGGAGCUGGCCAUGAUCAUGGACCGUCUCUAUGGCGGCGUGUGCUAUGCUGGUAUUGACACAGACCCUGAAUUAAAAUACCCAAAAGGGGCAGGGCGAGUGGCUUUCUCCAAUCAGCAAAGCUACAUUGCAGCCAUCAGUGCCCGAUUUGUUCAACUGCAACAUGGGGAGAUUGAUAAAAGGGUUGAAGUGAAGCCAUACGUGCUGGAUGAUCAGCUGUGUGACGAGUGCCAGGGCACCCGCUGUGGGGGGAAGUUCGCCCCUUUCUUCUGCGCCAACGUGACCUGUCUGCAGUACUACUGUGAAUACUGCUGGGCAGCAAUCCACUCUCGGGCUGGCCGCGAAUUCCACAAGCCCCUGGUGAAGGAAGGUGGCGACCGACCGCGGCAUAUCUCCUUCCGCUGGAACUAAGGCAAAAGUGAGAAAGGGGCCUCGGAUUGAGGAUGGUUUGAGAGAAAGGGAUAGUUACGGAGGGGAUAUUGGGUGACUUAUGAUAUGAAAAAUAGAAAUGCACUUUUAUUUUAAGUUAAAAAAAAAGACUUAAUUUAUGUAUAUUUUUUUUUUAAUUGGGCCCUCUAAACAUAGUACCUGCUCAAAAGAGUAAAAUCCCUUUUAUGUUUUGACUUAGUGUGCAUGAACAUAUGAAUGCAUUCUAUUUGGAUUUCAAUGUUUUCUUACUUGACUGUAAUUUUGUUUGGUGUUAGCUGGCGAAGCUGCUUACAUUUGUUGUCAAGAGUUAAAAAAAAAAAAAAAAGAAAAAAAAGAAUUGAGAUUCAUCAUAAUACCUAAAUUGGUAUACUAACUAUGGAAGCUGCAUUGACGAGAGUACGUUUUCCUUUUUCUUUUUUUCCUUUUUUUUUUUUUUUUUUUUUAUAUUUUUGAGAACUACCACCAUUUACCAAAGUUUGAGUUGGGUUUGAUCAGAGGAGGAAUGUUGUUUUAGAUGCUAAGUUGAUUUGUUUGGAAGCUGGCCAAUGUCAUCAUCAGUCUCCCCAGCGGCUGGCAAAAGCUGUGUUUGGACUCCUUGCAAUUGUCUUCUGAGGUCUCGGUGUCAUAGUGUCGAGUUUGAAAGGAAAGGGCAAACCAAAGAUUGGCCUAAAGCGCAUCAUCAAGAGCAGCCAUCAAUAUGGGGUUUUUGUGUCCUCUUUUCACGCAGUGGAGGCAGUCCGGAGUUUCAGCUCAUUUAGGCCCAGCCCUCGUGGCUCAGGUAGUAGUAUUUGCUCGCUUUAUAUUGUCAGGGAUAUUAGCACUGGAAGCUAACAUGCUAAUGUAGUACAAACUAUGGGAAUGCACAGUCCAUUCUCCCUGAGCUGUCCUCAUGGUGUACCACUGCACGCUCUACCCGGAUUGGAGCUUCUGUCACUCGUGUUUUGGAUGGAUAUGGCUGUAGCUAGAAUUUGCUGUCACAGAGAUAAAGAUAUUAUUUUAUACAUGGCCUGCUGAUUUUUGUACAGUGUUUUAUAGCUGAUUAUUUUGUCAUGGACAUAUAUACAUUUAUGCACUACUUUUCUAAAUAUUUUUUUCAAUAGUCAUUUGAGGCACAUUUUUCACAGAUGGGAGAACUCCUUUUGCAAUACCUCAUUUUUUUCACUUGGUGAAAAAUAAUUUUGUACCUUUGUUACGAAAAGAUCUGCAAUUAUGGUUAACUUAAUUUAAGAUUUAAAAAAUGAAUGAUAAUAUAAUUUUCAAUUAGCUUUUAUAUAUUUAAGUGCUGGUCAAUCUGAACAUUGUCUGGUGUAUCGGUGUGAUUAUGGAGCUUAAAAAUAGGCUGUCAUUAGCCAAUCGUACAUAAAUUAUCCUCUGCCCUGAUUAACAUUAUUACAGGAUCCUAAGGCAUGGCGAGACCUUUCUAAAAGAUUUUGAUAGUCUUCAAAAAAAAAAAAUAUAUAUAUAUAUACAUAUAUAUUCUGGUAUUUCACUCUUUAGGUGUAGUUGAUAUGAUUUAAGGUUACUUUACCUUAAAUGUUUUGACUCUGGUCAACAUGUAAUCAUCCUUCUAUCACCUGAGUGGAUUUGAAUAUUUAGAUCCUCUUCGUGGGACUGCCUGCAAGUUCUGUUACUUGGCAUGCAUAAUUAUGUACUACAGAAAACUACAUGGCUAGUGUUAAUGCAGGACCUAAUGAUGUAAUGCACUAGAUCUCUUCCUCCUUUUCAUUGCCUCUUCGAGAUCACCUCUCGCUACAUGACAGAGUCUGCCUUCCUCACACCGACAUGUUUAUGCAAUCUACACUAUGAAAACACUUUUGUAAUGUAGAGGACACUUGGUAGGACAUAGGUGAGAAGACUUGAUAACUUGACCCCUUUUGUGAUGUGGCAUGCUUUGGGACAUAACCUGAAUGUGAUGUAAUGUUGCAAGUUAACUGUGAGCCAUUAUGUGCAAUACGUAUUCUUUAUUGAAACAAGUCUUCGCAGUCAAAGUCUUUAAGUCCAUAAAUCAUGCAGUCACACUAUUGGUCCCUCCUUUUUGUUCCCUAAGAUAUAUAUAUAUAUAUGAAAAAAAGCUAAUUUAUUUUUAAACGUUUAGUUUUGUGCUUACGUACUUAUUUUGCUACUACCAUGCAACUGUGAUUGAAAAUGUGUGUGUGUGUGUGUGUGUGUGUGUGUGUGUGUGUGUGUGUGUGUGUGUGUGUGUGGUGUGUGUGUGUGUACACAUGUAUAUAUAAAUAUAUAUAUGUGUGUGACA